GAGUGACCAUAAAACUAAAGGCAAAUGAUAAUUUUAACACUGACGUAUAUGAUAUAUACAAGUAUUAGAAUAUAACUGCAAUCACUAAGCAUGACUGCACGAGUGCUCAUGUAUCUCUGUAUUACUCUACUCUCUUGAAAAUCCUAGAUGUUUUGAGAUGUAGAGGAAGAAAAUUAACUGCCUUUUAUUUUCUUUAUCUUUAUGUACUGAUGGUAGACCACAAAGUGCAGAUAUGCAAGUUCUUCCUUCAACAACGAUGUCGAUAUGGUGCUAACUGCCGGUUAUCGCAUGGAACACUAAUGUCCCUGUCUUCCCUGAAGAAGUAUGUGUCACCUAGUUGGGGGCAGCCAUUUGUAGGAGCUAGCAUUUUGGCAGUUUCAGGGAAUGGAGCUAGCAUUUGGAGAGAGGCUGAACUUGAAUCUUGGGACGACAAACUCAAUAAAGGCCUGGUUGUAUUUCGUGACGAUGGAAGCUCAGAGACGGUGGGGGCAGAAGCAAUGUCAUUAUCAUUCGAGUGACAGA